AUGGAUUCCCCAGGAGAUGGGAACCACACUAUAGUGACAGGGUUCAUUUUAUUGGGCUUAACUGAUGACCCAAUCCUUCGUGUCACACUCUUUAUGAUCAUCCUGUGUAUCUAUCUCGUGACCGUAUUUGGCAAUUUCAGCACAAUAAUUCUUAUCAGAAUCUCUUCUCAGCUUCAUUGUCCCAUGUAUUUUUUUCUGAGCCACUUGGCUUUUGUGGACAUAUGCCUUUCAACUUUUGUCACACCCAAUAUGAUUGUAAAUUUCCUGGUGGAGAGAAAUUCAAUAUCCUAUCAUGGAUGUUGCACGCAGGUUGGUUCAACUGCUCUCUUUGGGGCAGUUGAGUGCUUCCUUCUGGCUAUCAUGGCAUAUGAUCGUUUUGUGGCAAUCUGCAACCCACUGCUUUAUUCAUCUAAAAUGUCCACACAAGUUUGUAUUCAGUUGCUCAUAGUGGCUUACAUAGGUGGUUGUCUCAAUUCUUGUUCCUUUACUAUUUCCUUCUAUUUUUUAUUCUUCUGUGGACCGAAUCGAGUCAAUCAUUUUUUCUGUGAUUUUGCUCCUUUAGUUGAACUCUCCUGUUCUGAGAGCAGUAUCCCCGCAGUUGUCCCCUCAUUUACUGCUGGCUCCAUCAUUGUCUUCACAGUGUUUGCCAUAGUUGUCUCCUACAUCUACAUCCUUAUCACCAUCCUGAAGGUGAGCUCCACCGAGGGGCACUACAAGGCCUUCUCCACCUGCACAGCCCACCUCACAGCGAUCACUCUGUAUUUUGGGACUGUCACAUUCGUUUAUGUGAUGCCCAAGUCCACCUUCUCAAGUGACCAGAACAAGGUGGCAUCUGUGUUCUACAAUGUGCUCAUCCCCAUGUUGAACCCUGUCAUCUACAGCCUCAGGAACAAUGAGAUUAAGGGGGCUCUGAAGAGAGAGGUUCACAGAAUAUUUUCUUAG